AUGACGCGAUGGGCUCACGAACUGACAUUUUACGACUUUGAGCUUCUUUAUAAGCCGGGACGGGUCCACCACGUCCCUGACUUGCUCAGUCGUCAGAUCGCAGCCAUUGCUGAUCUCGAUAGCCCCUUGCUGCAACCAGACUUGGUGGAGCGUCAUCAGAGAGAUGAUCCCCUCUGGCAACAGCUCAUAGAGUAUCUGGAGGAAGGCCGCCUUCCGCCGAGGCGUAUCCCUCUUCCCCUAGACCAAUUCGAACUUCGGGACCGAGUCUUAUAUCAUGUCAAGUCCAAUAAUGAACGAGCUCUGCUUCAGCUCGUAAUCCCAAGGUCGCUGCGCGGCGCCGCUUUGGAUGCGGUCCAUGCCGUACCGUCCGCCGGACAUCAGGGCGUUCACAGGACGUAUCAGCGGCUAAGGGAUCAUUUUUACUUUCCCGGGAUGUUGGCCGCAUCCCGGAAAUAUGUCGCAUCAUGCACGGCAUGUCAACGGAGGAAAGGGGCGAUCGCCCGAACUCCCCUAGUCCCGGACGGAGCGGGUCUCCGUGGAUAUCCUCACUCUUACCCCUUCGGCACGUGGAAACAAGUGAAGUCGCUCUUCACCACAGUCUACCAUCCGCAAGCCAACGGUAUGGUGGAGAGGGUGAAUCGGGUGGUCAAGGACGCCCUGAGCACGCUCCAAAUGGAUGAUCCUGAUUGUUGGGACGAUCUAUUACCGUAUGUGAGGUUUGCCAUCAAUUCCUCCAUACACCGGAGCGUAAACGACGUCCCUUUGUACCUUCUCACAGGUCGGGACAGUCAUUUUCCGCUCGUGGGAUCAAACCACGUAAUCUAUGCCGAAGGGGCCUUGCCCUCAUUAAGAUCAAAACUCCGAGCAGCUCGGGUGGCCGCUGGUGAGGCCGCCCGAAAGGCUCGUGAGCGUUGGACCGCCGAUCACGAUCGAAGGCGGCGGGCUCGACCGCGGGAGUAUAACGAAGGGGAUCUGGUCUUUGUGCAUCGCAGCGUUAUCCUGCACCCCAGUCACGGAACCAGACCCCUGGGUCCCCGAUGGUUAGGGCCAGUCCGGGUCUUGAAAAAGCUCGGGCCCGUGGCUUAUGUGGUGAGGAGACCGAAUUCAGAUGGGCAGGAAGUCACUUUGCACCCAAAUAAAUUUAAGGCAUUUCGGGUCACUGCGGAAUUCGUCCCUCCGGACGACUUUCCCCGUUUGGACGGCACAGCCCCUCCAGACCCGGAAUCGGACAUGGGACCUUUACAAGAUCCCGGUGCUGAUGACCUCUUGGAUUCGGAAUCCUCGGCCCCGUCAUCGGAGGGGGUAGACGAUGAACCAUGGGACCCUGGGUCUGACUGGGACGAGUAG